AUGUGGCCAUCAUCAUAUUUAUAAAGAUUUAAACAGAAAUAUUUAGCAGUUAAUCCAAUUUAUAGGAUGGAUCAUUUAAAAUUUUUGAGCUUUGUUUCCUUAAUUGAAAUCAUAAAGUAAUAAUUUUAUAAGAUUAGAAGAGGUUAUUGCAUGUAUUCAAAUGUUUUGAUUUUGAUUAAAAUGGAAGAAUUUGAUUUUAAAGAACUUUGUAUAAUUUUAAGUGUAAUCAUGAAUUUAAAAGAGGAAAAAAGAGCAGAAAUAUUAUUAACAUUUUAUGACUUUGAUUAGGAUGGUAUAUUGAGUAAAUCAGAGAUGGAAUUAUUUAUAUUAGAAGAUAUAUAGUAUUUGUAGAAGAAUGAAUUUGAAGUAUCAGAAAUGUAAAUAGAAAUGUUUAAAAAUUAGAUAGAUAUAAACUUUAAUUUAAAAAAGAUUCUUUGAAAUAUUUGAAUUAUUAUAAUGGGGCUUGGAUAUAUCAAAUGAUUUACAUCAUUCUAAAAAAUAUAAUAAAUAAAGUGUUUAUUUAGUUUAAGCAGAAAUUAGAAAGAGUAGUUAUAGAAAGACAGAAUAAGAUUUGGAACCUAAUUAAAAAAAGAAGAUAUCAAGACAAAAUUGUGAAUCAAUAGAAGAAAAACUAAACUUCAUUAAAUCAAAUGAUUUUCCUAUUAAAAUAAAAAUUCUAGAUUAAAAUCUGAAUUGUUUAGCUUAUAAUAUUUUGAUAAUAUUAUUUUAAAGUGUAAAUCAAAUUCAUGUAAUAAAUAUAAUGUUUGUAAUGGUUAUUUUUGUGAAAUUGAUCCUAUGUUUUUACAAUUAUCUUAAAAUUAUUGUAUAGUUUGAGAUUGGAUAGAUUCUUUAGCAUUUAAUUUUAUUUCAACAGUAGUUUCACAUCAUGAAUCUUAUGAAUAAUUGA